UUCUCUCUCUCCACUCACGACAGCGGAAGAUCAGUUCUGUAUAAAAGGGGCAAAUCUCAAAUCAAUCGUCAGUAUUUUGCAGCUUGCAGUAAAGUAUUCAGUCAAGAUGAGAACCGCCAGUGUCACCCUUUUCGUUGUCGUCGUCGCUUUGGGCCUCAGCGCCUGUCUUGGAGAUGAUUUCUAUGAUGACGACUACUACGGCAACACCGGAUAUGUGAUGGGUAGCUACCCCUCGUACGGAGGAAUGUCAUACGGAGGAAUGUCGCACGGAGGUGGAUACGGAAGCGGAUACGGAAGUGGAUACGGAAAGGGGUACGGAAAGGGAUACGGAAAGGGAUACGGAAAGGGAUACACAAAUGUCGAGACUGUUGUCCGCGCUCCCUAUGUCGCCCCUAUGUACCUCCCACCCCCACCGGCUGUUGCUGCUGGAGCUUACCAAGAUGAUCAAGGCAUUUUCGGUGUCGGAAACGGAUGGGUCCUCAUGCUUUUGUUGCUCCCAUUCCUGCUCCGUAACUCCAACGGAGGACUCCUCGGAUAAAUUUCUGUCCAUUAUAUUAUAUCUUUUGUCAGCAAAUACAAUAUAUAUACAGCGCAAUAUCACGUUAUGUUUGGACUAUCUGUGGAAAUCCAUUUUGUUCAUUGUCGUAUUUAAGUUUUGCCCAUGUUUUGUGGUUCAUCGUUCAUUAAUAAAACUUAUAAAACUAA